CAACGCUGGCGCGACUCGUCCGAACUUGCAAACUGUUCGUUUACAAACACAGGCUUCCUACUAUUUAUCACAGGAGGGGGAUCACGCAGUUGUGGUAGCCUUAAAAGCUGUCAAGUCAGAGCAGGCAGCAUACUACAAUGAUUUUGUCGCGAAAAGUGAUUUUUAUAGAGUGACCAAAAAGCAUGUGCUUGUGACACAGAAAUCCAGCACAAGGAUGUGGACUGUGACUGUCGAUUCAAAUGUUCCAAUUCAAGCAACAAGUAGCCCCGAGGGUGCCGAAGUAACAAACUAUACCAGAGAUGAGGGCGUUGAAGACCUGCUGGGAUCUCAGUCUCCGUCCAGAGCACGAUCUCCCAUCCUGAGAGCGAGACCUCCGCCGUCUUCCAAAGGAUCUGUCCUGUCUAGCUCGAGGUCACCCAGCCCUGCUAGCAGGAGGUCUGCCUCUGCUACAUCUCUGUCUGGUAGGGCCCAGCACUACUGGGACAAUGAAUGGACUAAAGCUUUGGAAAACGCGGUGGGCAGUCAUGACGAGAGCAAAGCGCGGACCCUGAACAACAGCUUAGAUGGGGUGAUGCACCACUCCGGACUCUAUGAAGGUCCGACGCCGAGGAUCAGCUCUCGUGGACCUGUGAAAGCCCUCCAUGAUCGCUCGCUCCCACUGUUGGACUCUGAUAGUGGCUUUGGGUCUCUGAAAGCCAGAAACGGUUUCCUCACCUCGGAGGACAUCCGGUCCAGCAUCACGCCCAGACUGAGCCGGUCGCGGUCUAUGUCACGUCUAAACAGUUCCUUCAACGGAGACACCAUGUCGUUACCCGGCACCACCAGCCUGCGGAGCACAGACGCCAUCGACAGAUCUGUCAGGGAGCUGCAGCAUGCUCUGGAGGACAGUGAGAGUCGGCGCAAUGUGCUGGUACACAAGCUCAAGGAAGCACAGUCAACUCUGGAACUGCAGACAGAGAGGGUGACUAAGAUAGAAAACUCUGCCAAGGAGAACAAUACUCUUGUUGAGGAUUUGAAAUUUAAAGAGAGGGACUACCGUAAAAAGAUCUGUCAGUUGGAGACAGCAGAAGAGGAGAAGCAGCGACUGCAGAUGGAGAACCUUCGGCUCCGAGAAGAAAUGCAAGACAGAAUCAGUGCCUUAGAUUACCAGUUAAAAACGCUGAAGACACAGCACCGGAGCACAGAGUGUGAAAAUGACAAAAGAGUGAGUAUGUUGGACCACACCACUGCUGCCCUGUCUCUGCUGGAGGAGGAGAACACUAAACUGCAGCAGGAGAAAGAAAAACUUCAGGCUGAGAUUCACUUGAUGAAAGAUGCAUUUGGUCUCACUAAGACUAGGUUUGGUGCUCUGGAUGAGGACAACAGGAACUUGAAAGCUGACUCCCUCAGGAUGAAGGAGGAUAACCAAGCUUUGACAAGAAAGGUACAAGAAAUGGCUGGGCAGAUGAUUGAACUUCGGAGUCUUCUUCAAGCUGUCAAAGAUGAGAAUGAGCGCUUGUCCUCAUCAUAUAAAGUCUCUUCAGAGGACAAGUCUCGUACUGCACGUCAGGUAGAGAGUUACCAGGACACAAUCACAGACCUCAAGGCAAGGCUGUCUGCCACAAGUGCUGACAGGGACCGUCUGUUCUCUGAGAAGCUGGAGAUGAGCAGCAAAAUACAACAGAUGGUGCUGGACAAGGAAAAAAUGAUGAGAGCAACACUAAAUCUUGAGGAUCAGUUGAAUGAACAAACAAGUCACAGAUCUCAAGGCAGAGCUUCGGAUAGCAAAACUGAGCAGGGAAUGAAAGAACUCACCAGAGAGCUGGCGUCAGUGAAAAAAGUAAGUGAGCAGUUGAGCUCUGAACUGUCCUCUGUCAAAGGAUUCUACGAGAAUGCGCUGGAGCAGGUGUCCGUGUUGGAGAACAGCAAGUCCAUCUGGCAGUCCCAGCAGGAUCUGGCGGAACAGGAGAGACGGAGGCUGCAGGGGGAGGUGGACAGGUUGAACCAGACUCUGAAUAGUAGGACUUAUGACGAGAAGAGAGAGCAUGAACAUCAGGAUGAAAUGAUUCACAAACUCAGGAAUGAACUCAAGCAAGCCAAGUUUGAGCGCAUGGAAUCGGAGAACAAAGUAGAGGAGCUAGAAGCUAAAUUAAACAAGGCCAAUGAAGGACUUAGAGAAGGGACAGCUCUACAGCACUCAGAGAUUGACACGUGGAAGAACACCUGUGAGCGUCUCACAGCCUCCGUGUCCAGAAAAGAGUCAGAACUGCAAAAUUUCACAGACCGAUGUCAUGAACUGGAAGACACGAUUUCAGGGCUGAGGCAAGAAAUGAGAGUUCUUAAGGACAAAAGUGAAUUGUUUUCUGACAGGGAUGAAGAGGCAGGAAGGUUGAGGGAGGAAAACCGCCGAUUGCUUCAGGAAAAAGCUGAGAAUGAACAAAUGAUGAAGCUCUUGGAGACACAAAAGCAUGUGUUGACCAAAAAUUCUGAAGAUAGUCUGGAGAAGCUGGGUGAGCUUGAACAGCUCAGUGUCAAAAUGGACCAGCUUCGCAAUGAAAAUGAGAGUUUACGGAAAAGAGCGUUAGAGCUUGAGAAGUCGAGAGAUAUGUUGAUGGAUCAAAAAGAAGAAGCCCUUGCCGAUAAAGAGUACAAGAACCCAAGCCUGGAGGUACUGGAGAAAAAGAUGGAGGAGAUACGGGACGCCAACAGGCAACUGAGGGAGGUCAAUGAGGCCAUGAGUCUCAAACUGGACAUGGUCAACCAGGAAAACUCAAAAAUGAAACAUGCCAUGGGGAAGACACCGAGUAAGACGGAAUCCGGCAAGUUGCAAGAAGAGAACAUACGGCUUCAGUCUGAGAACAACAAUCUAAAGCAUGAGUACGGCCUACUAGAUGCCAAACAUCAGAGAUUUGUCAUCAACUAUGGACAUGACGGAGAAGUGGCAGCCAAAGAGAAGCAGGAGCUGAUCAAACUUCGAAAAGAGCGAGACGCCAUGCAGAAACAAGUGACGCUCCUGCAGGGUCAAAUGUCACUGAUGGAGGGCAGCAAGAAGAGGGCGGACGAGCAGAUCAGCAAACUCACCAGUGAACUGGGGGAGGCUAGGGCACAGCUCAAGCAAUCGUCCUCGAUGAAAAACAGGAUAAGCAGAUUAAAGGACUCCAGGAUCAAGCACUAUAUCAUUCACAAAGUUUAUUCUGCAUUGCAACUGUUCUUUGAAAAGUAUGUUUUUAAUUUCAGGUCUUCUGAGGAAGAUUCCCACAAAAGAGAAAUUGAGACUCUGAAGCAGCAAUUAGAAAAAGCAAAGGAAAACCAGAAGAUACAAGAAAAGAUGAUGAAAAACCUGAGAGAGGAUUUGCAUGAAGAGAGAGCGAAGAAGCCACGUCAAAUACAGGAGAGUCUCGAGGAUGUCGGUGCAGAGCUUCAGCAGAUGCGGUCAAAGCUACAGCAGUUGAUGGCCGAGAUUCAGGGCAAGGAGCAGACAAUAGACAACCUGGAGGCGGAACUCAGGGACUUCCGGCAGGCCGGACAGUCUAGAGACAAAGACGUGGAGGAGAUGCAGUCCCUGGUGAGGAGGCUGGAGGAGGAGAACAAAGACCUGCGGGAGAACUUGGAGGACAUACGCAACACUCUGGCCUCGGAGCUGGCCCAGGAGAACGGGGAACAGGAGCAGUCACUAAGGCGUACAAAGUCAGCUAAAUCUUUACAAGAGGAAUUGGCCGAAGCUGUGAAAGCGAAACAAGACGGGUCUUAUGGGAGAUCUCGAACUCCGAACCCUUUCCUGAGCAAAUCUCUGAGCCAGCUGGAAAAACGACCUGCAAGUGCCCCGCCCCUUCCCGCCGAGCCAGGAAAAACUCAGCAGCGGGGAAAGUAUGGUGGCUGGUUUUUUAACU